AUACAAUAACGACUUCAAUAAGUCUCUUUACCCGGAGCGGUAAAUCAAACAAAACUGAUGUCGCUUUCUUUCAAAAGUAGCUGACAUCGGUGGCGUUGCUGUUUUAAAGAUCAUCCGGUUGCCACUCUUACUUAUUUCAAGAGACGAUUUUCAAGGACUGAAAAAUUUUGAAAUCAACGAUGAACGUUAGCCAAAUAAACUCAACGCUGGAAGUCAAUUCAAGUCAGAAUAACAUUGCUACACCUUUCUACAAUUUUGUGCCUGAGCCACAGUCUUCAAGGACAAUUAGGUACGUAAUAUACUGCAUAGUUUUUAUAUUCGCCAUUGUCGGGAACGCCACCGUCUGCAUCAUUCCAUUCCGUCACAGACGCAUGCGCACGUGUACCUAUUUUUUAAUCACAAACCUGGCUGUCUCUGAUAUUGGAACAAUGCUGUGUUUACCCUACAUACUUGUCAUGGAGUGGCAAAAGGAGUGGAGCAUGGGAUCUGUUAUGUGCAAGCUUGUCAACCCCAGCUUGACAAUGUUCUACCUGGUCACCACCAACACUUUGGUUGCAAUUGCAGUUCAUCGCUUUGUGGUUGUAGUUUUUCCGUUCAAGUCUAAACCUGGAAAGAGUAGAGUAGCAUUGAUCAUCUUGCUUAUAUGGCUGAUAGCGUUUCUCUGCGUGUUACCUUCAUUUGGUGCCAGACAACUUGUAUUCAAUGGAGUGAAGGACAACGGUAAAACCAGUUACACAUGCGACGAAAUAUUCCCUGGAAAGACGAGAGAGGAUCAUGAGUUCUUCAGAAAUAUGUACACCAUAUUCCAAUAUGUCAUCAACAUCUUCUUGCCCAUUGUUAUCAUAGUUAUAUUGUAUAUUGUAAUUGCUUACAAACUUCGACAGAUGUCAUUAGCGCUUGGUUUUCGAAAGGACAGAAGAGACAGUCAAGGGUCUACAUCAUACCACAGUGUGGCAUCCAGAAAGAAAAGCAUAGACGACUUUUCUUUACGGAAAAGAAAUGAGCUCGAGAGAAAGUUUUUGCGGAUGCUCGCCGUUGUUGUCAUAGUUUUCGUUCUUUGUUAUGUGCCUUACACGACUUUCUACCUUGUUGUGUCAUACUAUCCGAUGGCAAUGACCUGGAAGUAUUUAGGAAUCCUCUACCACUACAUAUACCUGCUUAUGUGGUUUCCAAAUGCGUUAAAUCCGAUUUGCUAUGGUGCUUUAGAUGACCACUAUGCCUCUAUAGUAAGGUCUCUCUGUUGUAUACGGAAUAGAGCUCAACGAUUUGCCAGCCGGCUUGCAAGCAAUGGGGUCAACUCAUCGGGAGGACGGUCCAACAGACCAGGACAUUUGUUCAGCCGUUCCAACCAAACUUUGCCCCCCAUAAAAGAGAAAUCAAGAACACAAACCUCUAAUAGAACUAUCGAGGAGCAUAAAAAUGGAAACGGAAAAAAUUGGAAAACGUGCUGCAGCUAGUGUGCAUGAUAAAACAUGUAUAUCAAAAGAAGGCGGUAUUCUUGCCUAGGAGAACGAAUUGUUAUCUAGUUAAGUGGUCACGGCAUUCAAACUCUCAUUCCUAUCUGUAGACCUAGAAACCAGGUUGAACGUUCGUAGCUGUUAUCAGUAGAGAGAACCACUUAAUCCAAAAUAAAAACUGUCUGGAGCGUGGGAAAAUUAAACGCGAGCUUCCAAGUCGCGAUUGGUUUGGUUUUGAUUGGUUGAGAAAGUGGCGGGAGUUUUUUUGGACCAAUCAAAACCAUUGCAAUAGAAGCUUACUUCCGACACUCAAUCGAAAUCGCUCCAAUACCAGUUGGACUGGUGAUUACUACCGUUAGUAGAACCAUUAGAACAGUGAUCAAAGAAAAAAAAAACAUAAGGAAUCAUUACAUCACAGUUCUGGGCUAGAGAGCCGUAAAACGGCCAAAACAUUUAGCCGUUAGGCCUAAAAGUUGACAAAAUGUAACCUUGGUCUUAAAAAAAAAUGAUAAUAACCUAAAAAACAAAAAACAAACGAAAGAAAGAUAGUAACCGUUAGCCUUGACCUAAAUUUUAGCCGUUAGCCGUAAAGGCCGUCAUCUCAUUGAGACCCUCUUUAAUCUAAGGUUCUUUGAGACAGAUGGAAAUAGGCUCAAGGUUAAAGAUGAAUUUCAAUUAAGUGCAAUAGGCUCAAAUCUUUGGGGAAAUUUUAAUUAAGUUGGUGUUUAGCAAAGAGAACAUCGAAGUGGCUUGGAAGGGCUCAUUACAUAUUGAGAAUUAGAAUUUCACUUUACUUGCGGCUUAUUGGUUAAAUGAUAUGUGCACUGGGCCUGGACUUUUUGUGCCACAUGGCACGAAUUGCAGAGAGGUUCUGGAGUUCUUUGAACUUUUUAGCCGUUUCUAGAAUCAUCCUUGAUUAAUAUUUAACAUGUUUAUGAUAUGUACGUCUUUAUAGUUGGAUGUGAAAAAAAUAUGUUUGUACGCGUCAAAAUCGUUGAUGUAACAUUUUUUAAUGAAUUUUGCGUACAUGUAUACGUAGAUGCAAGGAGAAUAUAAACCAUUUUACUUCUGAUAAAUUAUAUUAAAUAAACAAAUUGUAAA